AUGGAAGAAUUCAUACAACGCCUCAACUACAUAGAAAAUCUCCAGAAAAAAGGAGCCCAUGAGCGAGAAGUCCUUCUUACCAGGAUUUGUGAGCUUGAAGACCAAGUUGAAGAUUUAACUGCUCAGCUGAGAAAAGUGCGCAAAGAUCCAAGACCUCCAAUUGCGUCAAGAGAAAGCAUUGAAAUUAAUAACGCCACAAAAGAAACCAAUGCACAAGAAGACGAGCCUUGGCUGUUUUAUACACCACCUGGAAGGCCUAUUAGAGACAUUUUAUCAUUGCUUGAUUUUUCUGAAGGUUACGAGUUAGAUGCAAGGUCAUUGCUUACUGAAGAAGCUUUAUGAAUCCAAGUUUUAGAAAGAAUGAACGUUGUGGACAUCCCCUCUAGGCUUUCAGCUCUACAGAAGCUGGCUUCUGUUCAAUUGGCGUCUGCAUGUCACAAUGAGCUUUUAAUUAUAGUAAGAGGUAUUCCUGUCAGCGCUCACCCUCUAUUUGAAAGAAUUUUGCCAAGCAUACUUACAUUAGCUGAAUAUGUUAAUAUAGCCUGGAGUGAAGUAGAAAACAAUAACCCAGACAUAUUAGGCAGAGUUGCUGUUGUUCUUGAGUGUGAACAAGAAAUGAAAGUUCUAAGUGUAGACAGAGGUGAUACCCGAAUGUCCUUAUUCAUAGAAAGACUAUAA